AUGGGGGAGCCGCUGGGCUGCUGCGAGCGCGUGGCCAUCAACGUGGCCGGCCGGCGCUUCGAGACGCUGGUGCGGACGCUGCGGCGAUUCCCGGACACGCUGCUGGGCGACCCCCGGCGCCGGCGGCGCUUCUUCGACCCCCAGCGCCGCGAGUAUUUCUUCGACCGGCACCGCGGCGCCUUCGGGGCCGUGCUCUACUACUACCAGUCCGGGGGGCGGCUGCGGCGGCCGCCCGACGUGCCGCUGGACGUGUUCCUGGAGGAGCUGCGGUUCUACCAGCUGGGGGAGGAGGCCGAGGAGAGGCUGCGCGAGGCCGAAGGCUUCACGGUGGAGGAGCCGCCGGCGUUGCCGCGCGGGGGUUUGAGGCGCCGGGCGUGGUUGUUGUGCGAGCACCCCGAGAGCUCGCCGGCAGCGCGGGUGGUGGCGCUGCUGUCGGUGUUGGUCAUCCUGGUGUCCAUCGUGGUGUUCUGCCUGGAGACGCUGCCGCAUCUCCAAUCCCCAUUAACCCACACUGGGAGGGUCUCCAACUCCACCCCUCCCCACCGCUCGGGCCUGACCGACCCUUUCUUCCUGGUGGAAACCAUUUGCAUCUGCUGGUUCUCCCUGGAGCUGCUGGUCAGACUGGUGGCCAGCCCCAGCAAGGCGGCGUUCUUCCGCAGCGCCAUGAACCUCAUCGACCUGGCGGCCAUCGCGCCCUACUUCAUCGCGCUGGGCACGGAGCUGGCGCAGCAGCGCGGCAUCGGCCAGCCCGCCAUGUCGCUGGCCGUGCUGCGCGUCAUCCGCCUGGUGCGCGUCUUCCGCGUCUUCAAACUGUCGCGCCACUCCACGGGGCUGCAGAUCCUGGGCCAGACGCUCAAGGCCAGCAUGAGGGAGCUGGGCCUGCUCAUCUUCUUCCUCCUCAUCGGCGUGGUGCUCUUCUCCAGCGCCGUGUACUUCGCCGAGGCCGAGGACGCGGCCACGGCGUUCACGUCCAUCCCGCAGGCCUUCUGGUGGGCCGUGGUCACCAUGACCACGGUGGGUUACGGGGACAUGGCGCCGGUGACGGUCGGGGGGAAGCUGGUGGGGUCUCUGUGCGCCAUCGCCGGCGUGCUCACCAUCUCCCUGCCCGUGCCCGUCAUCGUCUCCAACUUCUCCUACUUCUACCGGCGCGAGCUGCGCGGCGAGGAGUCCGGCGGCGUGGUGCCGGCGUCGCCGUGUCCGCACCACCCCGAGGAGCCCGAGGCCAAGGGGGUGGACGGGGAGGCGGGGGGGGAGAAGGCGUGGGGAGGGGGGAGGUUGGUGACCGAGGUGUGA